UUCUGCUGAUUUUUCAAUGAAGAUUGGGUGGGUAGGGGAGGAUAAUGUGAUGAUGGAACACCUUCAAGCUCCUAUACAACAAGAAAUGAAACACCUGGAAGCUACUCUUUGUGGCCCUCAUCCUUCUCGCAGAGUUUACUGUACACAGGAUUUUAUAAGUUUGACAGUUAACUCCAUCUAUCUUUAUCUUGUGAUACUAAUCCAACUCUGCCUGUUCCUUCACUCUAAGAUGAAUACCAAGAGUAAAAGUGUUCUUUCAUUUCAAAAAAUCCAG